AUGAUGCGGUGUAUUGCAAUUCAGAAUGAUUUCAUGAAGCAAGCAACAAAAGAUUUCCCUUUCGAUUUCGAGUGCGAUAGCUUCGGUUCAGUUGUCGACGCCGAUCAGAUUUUAGCGCUUGCAACGAGAAGAAUUCAGAACCCGAGACAGUUUUCUGUAGAUAACUUAUCGACAACGAAAUCGGUUUCUGGCGCUAUUGUUCGCGUAUUUGAUCAUUUUUCGAGACAUGGCAUCUUGUGGGAAACAUUAGCAGUCACGAUCGACCGCGAAGAUUCUUCUGCAGAGCCUUAUGAAUUCACCCACAGUGUUAUCAGGAAGGCAAAUUCGUCAAGUCUGUUCAAGUGCUUGGAACUGACUGCUGAAUCCGUUACGGCUAAGACUGGACCAAGGGGAACAAUCCUAUUUCCGGACAUCACGAAAAACGAACGACUUCAAUCGAUUUCCGUCCACUUCUGCGACGGAGCGUUGGCACUUGGGGACUCUCUUGCGCUGAAAGAAAUGAUGGCGACGUCACAAACACUCAAAGAAUUGCGUCUUUGGGAUAUGACAGAGUUCGACCAAGAUUUGUUUUGCGAAGGUCUCACUGUAAACAAGUCGCUUGAACAAUUGACGCUGGGCCUCGAUAGGUGCAAUAUCUCAGAUAAGGUCAUCGCUGAUAUCAUAUCAACUGUGGCAGGACAUCCGGCGUUGACAAGCUUUAGUCUUUUUGUUCGGGGUCAGUUUGGACCGUUAUCAUCACAGUCCAUGGAGGAACUGCUUUCAAGGAAAUCGAAUCUACUUUGCCUUAAACUGCAUGAUCGUGGAAGGGACGAGACAAGAAAGCUGUGUCUAGGCCGUUUUGCCAAGGGUCUUCGGAAAUGUGAUUCCCUGAAGAAACUUGAUGUACACAAUGUAUUUCAUUCUGAUGAGUCCUUAUCCAGACUAUUUGUCGCGUUAGCUGAAAGUUCAGGAAUUGAAGACCUCUGGUUUUGGGAAAAGACAUCGCAAAAGGAGUUUGAAAAAGUGAUUGCUAUGGAUCGACUCCCAAAACCCAUUCGCCUCUACUUGGAUCACAAAAUCAUUAAGGACUUUCCGAAGCACUUAGAAAAGAUGUUGCAUGUGCACCCUGAAGUACGACCAUUUCCUUUCUUUGGGAAGAAAAAUGCUAGUAUGGAACGUAUAUGCGAUCUGAACUGGCAUGGGAGGUAUUUGUUGAUGCGGCACGACAACCAUGUGCCGUUGGGCAUUUGGGCGCCAGUGCUCGAGAAAGCAAACAGGAAUCCGUGCGUAAUACAUCAAUUCUUGAAGGCUGGUAUUUUGUUUGAAAGCUGGGUCUGA